AACCCCAAAUACAUCAUACAGGCACAUCAGUGUGGUACGAAACGUCACCAAGUGUUCGCAUUAAAUGGGAAGAAAGAAAAAAAUCACACAGAAAAAAGACAAUUACGUGUUUGUAAAUGAAGUAGAAACAAACAACAAAUAAAUAAACCGUGUGCAGAAAUACGGGGAAAAAACACAAAUAAAGUUAGCUGUUUCAUGAGAGAAAACAUUCUUCAGAGCGUUUUUUCGUCUUGAUUUCACCAAUUUUCUUAAACGAUCGAAACAAAAUGGGCAUCGCAACGUUUCAGCACCAUUUAUAUUAGAAAAGUGUCAUUUUAUGAUUGAAAGAAGGAACAAAAAAAAUAACAAAGCAAAAUUUAAAGAACCUGACUACUGUGAGCAAAAGCUGUGUCGUUUAUGUGUGCAUGCUAUCAUGAAUUCAUAAGCGAUUUUGAAUUAGCAUUUUAUGCAAAUUCAAUUCAGAAUUUAUUAAUGUAGUCACAAUUGAAGUGAGUGUGUUGCCUGUUGUUCUAAAACGCUACAAACAUAAAGUGUGCCGCGACUCGCGACAAAAAAAAACGGGAGAGCAGACGAUUCUGGCUUUUAUUUACUUUUUCGGAGAAAUUUGCACACUCCAGUUGGAUUGAAGGUGGUUUUUUAUUUCGUCGUUUCAUCUCCAACAUUCUCUUUGACAUUAGCGACGAGUGUGCGAAUCAAUUUACAUGGUGCCCGUUAAUUGGCUGCUGUUUACUCGAAUAGACAUGCAAAAUGCUACGAUUUAUCAAAAACGCAGACGACGAGUAGAAACUCAUCCAACUACUUUACGCGUAUCUUUUCUUUUUUGCUUCUCUCCAGCCAACUAAUGCGUUUCUCAUCUGUAUUUUUUGUAGGUCGCAACAGACCCAUCGUCAAAUCACCGUCGUUGAACAUCGAACGUAGUGAUGUCACCGACAGUGUUAAUCAGUCGCAGGGCGGCAACGAUCAACAACUACUCACUCACAUCGAACAACUCAUCUUAAACGAUGAAAAUGACCUCGAUGUGGAGAUGGUAUCACCAUCGACGAAAAAUAUCACGCGAAUCGUGAGCGAUCGGAGUUGUUUGUGUUAUUUUGUGCAGUAUUUGGAGCAAAAGUCAGCGUUGCCUUUGAUUCGAUUUUGGUUGGAUGUGGAGAGCUUUAAAUCAUCGGCGGAGCAAUGUGGUCAGCAUCGGAAUCGUAUAAACAAGCGUACGAGUGUAAAGUCUGCCAUCGGUCGAAGUGUAUCGUUGGAUGGAAUGGCAAUGCAUCGUGAUGAUUUCUACAGUGCAUACCAUGAUGAGAUCGACGAGCGAAAUGAAGUGAAUCUCAAUGAGUUGCCUUCGGAACGUGACAAUGGUGACGGGAGUAGUGAUGCGAAUUCCAUGACAAAUUUAAGUGAUAUUUAUGAGCGUAACGAUGACGAACAGUUGGAAUCGUUGUCAAUGGACGAGGAUAUGGGUGCACAAAAGAUAUUGGAAAAUGGGCGAAAGAGUGCAACUGGAGCGUCAUCGCAUGGUGAUGAGACUGAAUGUGAAAAAUCUGGUGCGGCUUCAAAGAUGCCAGCAACGGUGACAGCGAUGACGGCAUCGCUAACCGUCGAUGCGAUUCGAAUUUUCAAAAAAUACUUGCUCGCUGGUGAAUUGACUAGUCUUGUGCGAAUACCAACGAAUAUCCUAUCACAAAUCUCACUGGCGCUGUGCGUUCAAAAUGAUGACACUGCCAAAGGCAUCGACGAAACGGACAAACAUUCAAAGUUGAGCAUAUCCAGCGAAUCGAUACCACUGUCAACGUCACAAUUGGAAGAGAAACAUCUAAUCACCGUGUUCGAUGAGGUGCAAGCAUUUAUUUUGGAUUAUUUAGACAAAUUGUACACAAGUGACUUCCUCGAGAGUGCAUUCUACUAUCGAUUUUGUAUAGAAAACACGGGCAUCAAUCUCAAGGUCACCGACAUUCUCUACAAUGAGUUGGCCCUGUUUUAUUUUAUGGAAUUUUUAGAAGUGGAAAAUAAGCGCCAGUAUUUGGAUUUUUGGUUAGCAGCCAUGAAUUUUAAACGACAAUUGGAUACACCGAUUACAUUUGAUGACCUGGAUAAAGAAUCAAUGGACGGUGUAAAUGAUUGCGGUACAAUUGAACAAAGCCAAAACGAUGCCUUGAUUUUGUAUGAAAAGUAUUUUUCGCUGCAGGCCACGUGUCCGUUGCGGAUGUCGGAUCGGGUACGGUUUCGUGUUGAAGAGAAAAUCUGUUCGAUUGAUGAUUGUGAACCGAUUGCACACUGUUUUGAUCUUCCGUUAGCAAUAAUUGAGCGAUUUUUAAGUGAGAAAUUCUUAAGACCAUUCGAACGUUCGCCACUUUUCUACAAAUACCUUGCGGAAUUGACACAAAAAAUGGAAGCCAUGACCAACAAAACAACGCCCAAAACUAUCCAAACAAGUAAUUCCGAUAGUGAAACGCACAAUAGCCGAAAAUCAGCACAAAAAGAUUUUGCACAAACAAUUUCCGCGAAAAAUACAUUGCUUGCUAUGGAAAGUGUGAAGAAACGGACUCAUCAACGCAUUAAAUCCUCCGAUAUGUGCAUCGAUUCACGUCAAUUACACGAUCCGGAUCUACUGUGGCGACGCAAUUCAACCGGUGGUGCACUGAAAUUUGGCCAUGUCAACGAAAUGGGACGCUAUGAACGGGAUUACGAUAUGACACCCUGUGAUAAAACCAAUGGUCACGUUUCCAAUGCCAGUGGCGCAAACAUCGAUGCUAAUCAAAUCAUCCAAAACACUGGCAAUAAAAUCAAACGAGCCGUUCGCAAACUCGUUCAUAUGCCCGAGCAGUGCAUGCAAGAGGAGAUCGCCUGGCAAAUGGCCGAAAUGAUUGUUAAAGAUAUCACUAGCAUUACACUACAAACGAACCAAGUUCCAAAAGAAACGUUUUAACACAACUCUCUUUUUUUUCUGUGCAAAAUGCAAUCUCAUUUUGUUUUUUUUUUUGUUUUUUUUUCUGUGCAAAGAUGAUAAUGAUGAUGAUAUUAUUUAGUGAAUUUGAAUCACUGAACCAAACGACAGGAAUUGUUUAUUGACCCAGGAUACAUGUAUAAGAAGAAAAAAACAAUACAUUUUGUUAUGAGAGAUCUGAGCAAAUAUACAGAUUAUAUUUAAAUUCUUUUUUUUCCGUUUAAAUACUUUGGAGCAAGUCAGUGUGGUCGGGUGGCGAUGAGCGAAUGAGAUUCAAGCCAAACAACACAUUUUUUUUCAAUUCUUUUGGAUAUUGGACCAGAAUUCAUUAAACUACCGAAUUUAUUUGUUUUUUUUUUAUUCGCCAUUUUCAUCAUUUUUGGACUCUUUUUUAUUCGCCAAUCGCCACUCACCCAUCACGUCUCUCAUUUUAAAAUUCAGUUUAUAUAACUAUUGUAAAUUAUUUUCGUUACUGAAUUACAAAUAAAUUUUAACAAAAAAAAAAUCUUAGAAAUUAACAUUUAAUACAAAGAAAAUUAAAAA